AUGGGUUGUGCACUGCAGAAUGCAGUGGCUGAGAAGGAGCUGUCCUCACUGGCAAACUGGAUCCAUCUGGGAUCUUUGGAUCGUCCAGAGGUGUGUUGGGUAGGUUCUGCAUAUGGCUCAGGCAGGUGUGAGAAAUUGUCUGAAUUACAGGAAGAAGGAAUAAAUGCCAUUAACUUACCUCUCAGUCCAAUUCCAUUCGAACUAGACCCUGAGGACACUAUGCUAGAGGAAAAUGAAGUUCGAACAAUGGUUGAUCCAAAUUCAAGAAAUGACCCAAAAUUACAAGAACUAAUGAAGGUAUUAAUCGACUGGAUUAAUGAUGUGUUGGUAGGAGAGAGGAUUAUUGUGAAAGACUUGGCUGAAGACCUGUAUGAUGGACAAGUAUUGCAGAAAUUAUUUGAGAAACUUGAAAGUGAGAAGCUGAAUGUUGCUGAAGUUACUCAGUCUGAAAUUGCUCAGAAACAGAAGCUACAAACAGUGCUUGAAAAGAUCAAUGAAACCCUUAAACUCCCUCCAAGAAGCAUUAAAUGGAACGUUGACUCUGUUCACGCUAAAAGUCUUGUAGCGAUACUUCAUCUUCUGGUUGCAUUAUCACAGUAUUUUCGAGCACCAAUCAGACUUCCAGAUCAUGUGUCCAUUCAGGUUGUUGUUGUGCAGAAAAGAGAAGGAAUCCUCCAGUCUCGACAAAUCCAAGAGGAAAUAACUGGUAACACUGAGGCAUUCUCAGGAAGGCAUGAAAGAGAUGCCUUUGAUACUUUAUUUGACCAUGCUCCAGAUAAGCUCAAUGUAGUGAAAAAGACUCUCAUCACCUUUGUGAACAAGCAUCUCAAUAAAUUGAAUUUGGAGGUCACUGAACUGGAGACCCAGUUUGCAGAUGGUGUGUACUUAGUUCUGCUAAUGGGUCUCCUAGAAGGCUAUUUUGUUCCUCUGCACAGCUUUUUCUUGACUCCUGAUGGUUUUGAACAAAAGGUCCUCAAUGUAUCUUUUGCGUUUGAGCUAAUGCAAGAUGGUGGAUUGGAAAAACCAAAGCCAAGACCAGAAGAUAUUGUAAAUUGUGACUUGAAGUCCACACUGAGAGUACUGUACAACUUAUUUACCAAAUACAGGAAUGUGGAGUGA